GAACAACUUAGAAAUAAGGCUACAGGAGAAACAGUUCUUACAUUUUUGACAUUUUACCCCAACUUGACACCCUUUAUUUAAUUUCUGUCUAUGAGGGGCAGUGCAAGUUUUAUUUUAAGUUGUAUUGUUUAAAACUUCGGAGAGAGGAUCGUUCGAUGGCUUUUUCUCAGAGGUCCUAGCUAAAUAUAUACGCAGCGCUUCAGCAAUUCUGUAGAAGUUGGUUUUCCUCGUUACAACAAGCAAACAGGGGGAGCACAGGAAAAUAAGUGAAAUAAAAGGUAAUUCUGACUGAGUUUCCUUGCUGUCACUAGAACAGAUUUAGUGGUCAAACAUCAUCAUGGGGGAAAUGGAGCAACUCCGCCAAGAAGCGGAAGGACUGAAAAAACAAAUUACAGAGGCCAGAAAAGCAGUUGCAGACAGCUCCCUAGCAGAGGUUACUUCUGGGAUGGAAACACUUGGCAGAAUACAGAUGAGGACACGCCGUACCCUCCGGGGACACCUGGCAAAGAUUUAUGCCAUGCACUGGUCUGCUGAUUCCAGUGAAGCCAGACUUCUAGUCAGUGCUUCUCAGGAUGGAAAGCUUAUCGUUUGGGAUACCUACACCACGAACAAGGUCCAUGCCAUUCCACUGCGCUCCUCAUGGGUCAUGACCUGUGCAUAUGCUCCUUCAGGAAAUUAUGUGGCCUGCGGCGGUCUUGACAACAUGUGCUCAAUCUAUAACCUGAAGACCAGGGAAGGGAACGUGAAAGUUAGCCGAGAACUUGCUGCACAUACAGGGUAUUUGUCAUGCUGCCGAUUUCUUGAUGAUAAUCAGAUCGUCACAAGUUCUGGAGAUACCACAUGUGCCCUCUGGGACAUAGAGACAGGAACGCAAAAGACUAUUUUCUCUGGCCAUGUUGGAGAUUGUAUGAGCCUUGCUGUGUCACCAGACAACAACCUCUUCAUCUCAGGGGCUUGUGAUGCCACUGCAAAACUGUGGGACAUCAGGGAAGGAAAGUGUCGCCAAACCUUCACUGGCCACGAGUCUGACAUCAACGCCAUCUGUUUUUUCCCAAAUGGCAAUGCGAUAUGCACUGGUUCUGAUGAUGCAACCUGCCGACUCUUUGACCUCCGAGCUGAUCAAGAGCUAAUUUCAUACUCACAUGAAAGCAUCAUCUGCGGAAUCACCUCAGUUUCUUUUUCCAAGAGUGGUCGACUCCUGCUGGCUGGAUAUGAUGAUUUCAACUGCAACAUAUGGGACUCCAUGAAAGGAGAACGCAUUGGUGUUCUUUCUGGCCAUGACAAUCGUGUGAGCUGUCUUGGUGUGACUUCAGAUGGAAUGGGUGUUGCAACAGGUUCAUGGGACAGUUUCCUAAAAAUCUGGAACUAGGAGAGAAAAAAUGAAAAAUAUGAACCACUUAAGAAGACACACCACUUCUGAUAAGGAUAACAUCAGGAAUAUUGUCUUUUUACAUAUGUAUAUUAUCGCAAGAGAACAAGUCCAGUUCACAGAUUAUUCAAAUUAUUUGCUUUACAGCAUAUAAAUGUCUACCGACGUGUGUUACUUUUUAGUCAUGUCUCUUUUAAAUGUGACUAUAGAUUUACAUUGUCUUUCAAAGGUUAAAAAAUCUUAAAAUAUUGUAAUCAGAUUUCUUGCAGGAGUUUCAUUUUGUAGGUGUGUAUAUUUUGAGAAUAGUAGAACAUAUACCCAAUGAAAAAAACUGCUACAUAAUUAAUUUAUAAACAGCAGAACUAAUGAAUCUCCAGAAGUGCACAUAAAUGACAUUUUUCACAGGAAAAAAAGCACUACAGAUUUAGGAAAAAAUGCUGGAUAAUGUUUCUGUUGAUUGCUGCUAUGUUCAAUGUUUUUUUUGGAACUGGAGCGAGUCAGCAAAGUUUAAGUUAAAUGUUUCUGUUGGAGAAUGUUUAGAAAUAUAUUUCAAGUGCUGAAGAAAACAUAGUGACAGCAGGCAUGAUACAUACUGAUGAUGCUUUUGCAAAGGUGCUGGGAAUUGAAAAUUGUCCAUCACAAUUCUCUAGAGACACACAAAGUGAGCACCAUGUUGUGGUCUGUGUAUUCCUCUCUAUUAUUUAUGUAGGUCAGUACAUUAAACUUUGAAGACAAGCCACAAGGCAAGGUUAAAGGUUAUUUUUAUAUAUAACCAUUUCAGAGUAGUCAGUCAUUAAUCAUGGCUUUGAGCAAUGGCACAAAAUUUAUGCAGGCACAACACGGCAAGAGCAUGGAAAUUCCAAACUCUAGAAGGUCCAUAACCAGAGGUCAGAAUCAAAUCUUUGAACUAUGAGGGAACAGCAAUCAUUUACCACUGCUGAAUAUCAUGGUUCUGUAGAUGUGUAAUGCAAUUCCUCAUUGUGUCUCUGGGUCUAGCUCUCAGAAUGCGCCUGAAAAUAAUUUGCUGUUUGUUCAUGCUUUUUAUAGCUACCUUUUUAAAAUAUUGAAAUGCAAGAUAUUUCUUUAGUUUGUAUAAAGCAUACUUGUGCAUUCAUACUGGACAGAUUCAAGAAGAUUUUUGAACCUGGUAUUGAAACAAAGCAAACUGGAUUCCUUGACAGGAAGCAUAUUGUUUAAGUAGUCCAUUUUUGUGGGAUAUACUCAUUUAAUCCGCUAUCCAGAAAAAUAAAAUACCAUAGUAUGUAACUUCCGUCCCCAAAAAUGGUACACACUGGUACCAGACUAGGUACCAUUCAAACAUACACACAAAAAAGAAUCAAGUUUACUCUCAAUCACUCCCAUUAACAGAUUAAUUUGCAUUAUGACUUUGUUUACUUCCUGUGCAUAGGUACAUCCCCUUCACAUAUCCUGCAUUUAAGAUAUGAAGGAAGUCUUGCUGGAGAAAAUUUACUAACAAUGAGAAUAUAUAAUGAAAACUGACAAAGUUGUGACUGUUACCUGGUAAUCUCGGACCUCUGCUUCUGCCCACCUCAAGAAAUAAGAAGUUAUGUACUCACCAUAACAUUCCAUGUGAGUUGUUCCAUCUCGCCUUCAUUCUUUACUGAUGGGUUCAGAGCCAAUCCUUCAGCUCCGAUAGGGCUGUUUGCAAAGCUCAAGAUUUACCAGUAGCUC